AUGGCAGGAUCGCCCUCUGCUGAAAAUGAAGGUUCUCGGUUCACCUUUGUCCUUGACGGGCAUCACGCUGGGACACGGAACCAUGCCAUGCGUGCCCACUGGACUGAGCGUCAGAAAGCCAGGCAGGAGAAAAGACGACAACAGACUACCCGGAGAGUGCUCCCAAUUCUUGCGGCAAAGGAUGGACCUGUGAGCUCAACGCCACCUGGAUCGCAAGAUACAGAUGCAGUCCCUGCCACUGUGCAAGAAAGUCCAACAACGGAACAAGCCGCCAGCAUAGACACACCAGGGGUCUCUGCUCAGCUUCUUACCGGACUCAAUCAUGCAUUAGCGGCUACACGAUUAGAUCCCUUUGACGUGUUUCCAAUUAGACUUACAAGUCAACACCAUAAGCUAAUCCAUCACUGGUUGAGCACACAUGCUACUAUGAUGUUUGAAAAUAUGCCAGCAUCCAAUUUUAAUCCCAUGAGGGACGUCUGGUUUCCCCUCGAUCUCUCGAAUCCUGCAUCGUUCAACGCUAUCAUGGCACAUUCUGCAGCACAUUUGGCUCAUUACUACGGCGGAAUGACCCCGACUCGGGGAACAAAUUCCUCCGAAGCCUUGAAAUUCAAGGCAGGCGCCAUUCAAAUUCUGAACCACUGGCUCAGUGAUCCCGAAAAGGCCUUAAGCAAUGAUGCAUUCGCAGCUGUUGUCCGGCUCUUGACGUUUGAAAGGUACUGGGGCACAGAAGAAGAAUGGAAAAUUCAUCGGAAUGGCCUCCAGGGGAUGAUUCAUGCCAGAGGGGGCCUCCAUCAAUUACAUAGCGACUGGAGACUAGAGCUGGUCGUUGGUCUUGUUUCCUUCAUGUCCAAACCGUCAUGGUUUGAGUCUACGAAUGAUCUUUCUGAAAUUUCAGAACAUAGCAUUAGAAGGAGCAUACUAGGGAGCUCCAUUGACCUGCACAAAAUGCGCUGUCUAUGGCUGAUAUCAUUCAUCCAGGAUAUGCGCAAUCUGAUGGGCAUGUCAUCACAAUUGUACAUGGGAGGACUGUCUGUCUAUCCCUCGCUAUACGAUGCAGUCCUUUUUAUUCGGAAUGACUUUCUGAUUGAGGGUGAAGCAUACAAAACCGAAUGCCACGAAUCUGACUAUGACAGACUAACAUGUCUGUUCGCUAUUACUAUCAUGGUGCAGGAAUCCAUCUCUUUGGCCUACGCUGCUCAGAGCAAUGAACUGGCAACUCUGGACAUGUCGCUCCAGACAUAUCGACAUGUCUGGGAGGGCUCAAUUCAUUCAUUGAGAUCAUUUAUUCGCAAUCACUUUUUGAAUUCUUAUCCAAACGGUGAGCUGAAGAUUGACUAUGUCAUGCAAAUGACGGACAUUGUCAGUCACCUCAGUCUGGAGGCACAUCAAGGAAUUGAGAAAUGUCUCCUUAAUAUGCUGUGUCGAACAUGGGACGGGAGACUGCCUUUUUUUGUGGAUGACGGAGGGACUCCAGAUUCACUGCUGUCCACUGUGCAUGGAUACUGA